GUUGCGUUCUAUGUGACUUGUGAGUUUAAAGUUUUAUAUGCCUUAUGGCGAUUUAUGGUGAGUGAGUCGGCUGAAUUAGUUCCAUACCUACCUAACCUAUCAAUAGAGAUUUGUGAACAGUGUUACGAAAAAUACGUGUAUUUCCUCUUAAUCAAUCAUGUUCCGGAAUCAGUAUGACAGUGAUGUCACCGUAUGGAGUCCACAAGGACGUCUUCACCAGGUGGAGUAUGCCAUGGAAGCUGUUAAGCUGGGUUCUGCGACUGUUGGUUUGAAGAGUAAAACUCAUGCUGUAAUAAUUGCAUUGAAGAGAGCCACCUCUGAACUCUCAGCACAUCAGAAGAAAAUAAUCCCUAUUGACAAUCACAUAGGCAUCAGCAUCGCUGGGCUAACUGCCGAUGCCCGAGUUUUGAGCCGCUACAUGCGUACAGAGUGUCUCAACUACAAGUACAGUCAUGAUGACCUGAUGCCAGUCUCCCGCCUGCUGUCGAUCGUUGGUAACAAGAUGCAAGUCUGCACACAACGCUAUGACCGACGCCCUUUCGGAGUGGGACUCCUCGUAGCCGGCUUCGACGACCAAGGACCUCACAUCUACCAGACAUGUCCCUCAGCAAAUUUCUACGACUGUAAAGCUAUGGCUAUAGGAUCUCGGUCCCAGAGUGCCCGUACCUACUUGGAGAAGAACCUGGACAAAUUUCCCAGCUGUGAUGUGGAGGAGCUGCUGAAACAUGGGCUGCGCGCUCUACGAGACACCUUGCCCAACGAGAUUGACCUCAACUCUAAGAAUGUAGCUAUCGGACUGGUUGGGGAGAAGACUCCUCUGAGAGUAUUCGACGAAGAUGAGACCGGCCGGUACUUAGCUCUGAUUGAGGGUGAGGAGCGUAGAGGUGCCGGUGGGGCACCCCCCAGUGACGAGCCUCCCACAACUCCACCAGGAUCCCCUGAUGGGGGGGGAAGACUCAGGACCCCCCAAGUAGCCGUGGCCAUGGACACGGAGUAG